GGUGCCAGCCCCGCUGAGGCUCCCAGGCAGAGGGUCCGGCGCAGGCCUGAGCGGGUCAGUGGGGAAGGCGGCACCAUGUCAUUCCAGAGUGCGGUCCAGCUCUCCCUGGAGAGCCCCACCCGUGCCGUGUGUGUGCUGGGCUCCUGCCUCGUCCUGGACGUCAGCGGGUGUGCCCCCAAGAGGUGCGACUCCUUCACGCUCAGCUGCACCCCGAGGGUGCUGGUGGUCCUGAAGAGGGAGGUGACCAGCGGGAGGGACAAAGCUUCCGUCUGGUACCCGCUGUCCGAGCCCAUGAGCGCAAUGGUGAUGAUGGUGCUUCCCAGCUCUGUCAUGGACGAGGACAAGGUGCUGGUCUCGUACUACUGCCCCUACGAUGAGGCGCCCUUGGCCACAGCAGUGCUGUACCUCACAGGCAUCGAGGUCUCCCUGAAGACGGAUGUGUACCGUGAUGGGCAACAGGAGAUGCCAGUCAACAAGCAGAUGAAGGAAAAGUGGGUGUGGGGCCCGACCGGAUGGGGGGCCAUCCUGCUUGUGAACUGCAGCGCUGCUGACGUGAGCCAGGACACCAAGACUGUGGUGUCAGAAGAUAUAAAGGACCUGUCCCAGAUGACACUGACGGUCCAAGGCCCCACCGCUGCCUUAAAGAACUACCAGCUGGUCCUCCACACCUCUGAGGAAGAGGCCGAGAAGGCCAGAGUCUACUGGCCGCACGGAGACACCUCCGGUACCUUUCAGAUUGUGCUGGGACCUGGCCGGAACUCCUACACCUUUAACCCACUGGUGAGCCUUGGGAAGGAGACCCUCUAUGUGGAAGCAACAGAGUUCCCGUCUGCCAACUUCUCCGGCCUGAUCUCCUUCUCGGUCUCCCUGAUUGAAGACGCUCCAGUCCCCUCCAUUCCGGAGACCCCGGUCUACAAGGACACGGUAGUAUUCCGGGUAGCUCCUUGCAUCUUCACCCCCAGCACCCAGAUGCCACUCGAGGUGUACCUGUACAGAGACGUGAAGAUCCAGGGCUUUGUGGACUCGGUGACAGUGCUGAGUGAGAAGACGGACAGCCAGGUGGCCUCUGUCUACGAGGACUCCAACCGCCUGGGCAGGUGGCUGCAGGAUGAGAUGGCCUUCUGCUACACUGAGGACCCCAGCAAGAUGACAUCCUUUGUCCUGGAUACCCCUCGGGCUGCCAAGCUUGAAGAAUUCCCCAUGAAAUACGCACUGAGCCCUGGUGUCGGCUACGUGAUCCAACACACCAAGGACCACACGGUGGCCAGCCUGGACACCAUCGGGAACCUGAUGGUGUCCCCACCCGUCAGGGCCCAGGGGAAAGAGUACCCACUGGGCAGAGUCCUCUUUGGUGGCAGCUUCUAUCCCAGUGCCGAGGGCCGGGCUAUGAGCAAGAGCCUCCGCGACUUCCUCUACGCACAGCAGGUCCAGGCGCCCGUGGAGCUCUUCUCAGACUGGCUCAUGACCGGCCACGUGGACGAGUUCAUCUGCUUUGUCCCAGUGGAGGACAGAGAGGGCUCGAAGGGCUUCCGGCUGCUCAUGGCCAGCCCCAGGGCCUGCUACAAGCUGUUCCGAGAGAAACAGGAGGAGGGCUACGGGAACGCAGCUCUGUUUGAGGGGGUCAGCGCUGACCAGCUGCGCUCUAACGGAAGGGAGGCCAAAACCAUCUCCCAGUUUCUUGCUGACAGAAGCUUGAGAAAUCAGAACGACUAUGUAGAGAAAUGCAUUCGCCUGAACCGCACCAUCCUGAAGGAGAAGCUGGGCCUGCUGGAGGACGACAUCAUCGACGUCCCCCAGCUCUUCUGUCUGGAGCAGCUGACCAACGUCCCCUCGGAGCAGCAGCCACACAGACUCUUCGCGAGGCCCUACUUCCCUGACGUGCUGCAAAUGAUUGUGAUGGGCAAGGACCUGGGGAUCCCCAAGCCCUUUGGGCCCCAAAUCAAGGGCACCUGUUGCCUAGAAGAAAAGAUCUGCCACUUACUGGAGCCCCUGGGCCUCAAGUGCACCUUCAUCGAUGACUUUGACUGCUACCUGACCGACGUCGGAGACUUCUGCGCCUGUACCAACAUCCGCCGGGUGCCCUUUGCCUUCAAGUGGUGGAAGAUGGUGCCUUAGCCCCCGGCCUUGGAACCUGCCCUGCCCCACCCCGGCACCGAUGGCCUGCUUCCACCCGGCCCGUUUGUGUGGGGUGGCUGGAGAGUCAUGGCAAAUGCCAGCCCUCAGAUCCUGUGGGGUGGCACAGGCUACCGGCUCAGGCCUCCUGGGAACAGAAGGGAGAGCAGGAAAACGGUCUUCCACUGUGCUUACUAC